AUCGGCUUUUGAAUUUAGCGCCAAUCUUAAAAACGGAAAUAGCUUUGGGAUAUUCUUCCAUUUCAACCAUCAUCUUAUCUUUGAACAUCAUGUUGGUCAUUCAUCAUCUAGGAAUCUCAGUUUCGGAAAGGGUUGUAUGGUUAUGCGAAGAAUUAGGGAUCCCAUACGAAUUAAAGAUUUAUCAAAGAGAUCCAAAGACAAACUUAGCGCCGGCCGAAUAUAAAGCUUUACACCCGUUUCAAACAUCUCCCGUGAUCGAUGAUGGUGAUGUACGAUUGUCAGAAUCAGGAGCGGUAAUAGAAUAUAUUUUAAACAAACAUGCAAGCGAACAACAAAGACAGUCAAUCACAGUCUCAAAAGAUGACAAGGAUUAUGCAGAUUACCUCUAUUGGGAACAUUUCACAGACGCAUCUUUGCAUGGAUCAAUGAUGCUCAACAGUACAGUGAUGCGCUUGACAGGCGGUCAAAUCGAACAUGAAACGUUGAAAAAUUUGGCAAACCGACUCUAUUUAGGUUAUGAAAUGUUGGAAAAACGUUUGAAAAAUAGAAAGUUUGUUGCAGGAGAAAAGUUUACAAUUGCAGAUCUUUUACUCUUUUUCCCAAUUUCAACAAUGCGAAACUUUAUUCCAAUUCCUAAAUCUUUGGAUAAUUAUCCAAACGUUAAAGAUUAUAUUCAACGUUUAGGAGAUCGAGAUGCAUACAAGCGUACCGUACAAAAAGCAGAUCCUCAACGAGGUUUCGUCAGCAAGCUCUGAGCGAGAAUGGGGCUCCUAGACCCUUUUUGAUCUGGUCGUAGAUGGCCGUUUGGGCACAAAUCAAGGCACCUUGCACGAGAAUAAGUGUAGAAGACCAGCCUAUAAUCCCAUAAAUCCAGUCUCAUGCUGUCUGCAGAUGAAAUCGAGUACCAAAACCGGCUUCCCUUGUC